AUGUCGACGGAGGCAGGAGCGACGCCGAAGAGGAUCGGAGUCCAGCAACGGGGAGGGGCACAAAUUGAAAGUGCACUGAGAAGCCACUCAACCAAGCAAGCAACAAGCAAAUCAAAGCAACGCAACGCCAAGCAAGGACGAGGAAUUAGGGUAGUGCUGGCGACCGUGACCAGGAGAAGAGCCGUGGCCUUGGGGUGUAACCAUGGGCAAGGUGCCGCGGAGGGAGGGAAGGAGGAGGCGAGAGAGAGACGGAGAGAGAGACCAGGGGAGGGGGUGCCAUGGCCCCGUAGCUCGUCACUGCGGACACCCCUUGACACGAUCCGAGCUCGCCAUUGCCCCGUCGCGCUUGUCAUGGAGGUCUUCCGUGACUUGCCCUGCGUGGCCGAGCUUUCGGCGUUUUGCAGGCAGGAUGCCGACAAGCGCGAGUUUACUGACGAGCUGCGCGGCAUAUUGGAGGUUUCCGCCAUGACCGGACUGUAUUGGCAUAGAUGGAAUGAGCUCAAGGAGCUUCUUCUUUUCCGGCUCAAACAGGUACUGCAAGAUUAUUACAAAAGUCAUGCGGAUGUCACAGUUGGGCCCCCAAGACCACUUGUUACUGGUGAAAGCUAUCAGGAGCUCGAAGACAGGCUCACCUCAGGAUUGGAGUCAUUCACAGAUGGAGCACCCUUCACACUUCAGCGCUUUUGUGAGGUGUUGUUGAAUCCUCGAGACAGGUAUCCCAAUCUUGACAAGGUUGCCCUCGCCUUUGAGAAGCUGCUGUUGGUGACAUCAACCUUUGCACCAUCACCAGGACCAUACCCUGGGGUUGCAUCAGUGCCAGCACCAACGCCCAUACCAGCGAAGGACAUGGAUCAGAAACCCUUGGGGUCGCCGAAGAGGGAGAAUGUAGAUUCAACUCCAGAUGUUACCGGUAAACCCAACGAUGAUCUAGUGCGAGCUGAUCACAUGGAGGAACCUGCAGCAGAAGUUGUGGCUGAUGUGGAGAUGGUUGAUGUUGACAGCCCAGAAUCCAAGGAGAGAUCAGUAGAUGUUGACACGUCACAACCUUCAGAAGUGGUUGCGGUUGGAGAAGGUUUAAAGGAGAGUGCAUCAGAGGUUCCCACUGGCAAGGAAGAGUGGCAGCUGGUUGACGAAGCAGAUGCCUCAGCUGCACCGUCAACUGAAACGAGUUUGAAGAAUGCCUCAAUGGUCGAUUGCAAUGAGUCUCAAGCGGAUGUUACGGCAAGCGGUCCAUAGGGGUUUACACGUCGUCACAAAUCAACUCCCUUUGAGAAUCUUUCUAGCAAAUGUUCCCCCUCAUGUGCGUCCUUCGAACUCGUGGGUCAGUGUUGAUCACCGUCGAUCCCAAUUUUGGUCUUCAGCUCCUUCCAUAUUUCGGAGAGGGUCUCACAAUCUGGAAGGGCUAACUGCUCACCAAAAACCCUAAACCUGGUGCUCACCAAUGAAAGGACAAUGCAAAGAGUAUCCUAGUUACGAAGAGCUGUUGAUUUGAUAGGUUAGUUGAAGUGCAGAAAACUUCCACGAGUUUGGAAACUGAAGCAAGUCAAUAUUAAAAUGCUGUGUAACUAUCAUAUAUUUUUACUGUCAAUGCUGUACAUUCCAUUUGGCAUUUC